GUGCUUUUGUGGACAUAGCGAAAUAUGCCUAAAAUAACCCGUCAUGGAAUUAAAGAAUUUCAACAUUCCAAGGGUUUCAAGCAAUCUUUCCCUGCGACAAUUAUAGAAAAUUCGGGUUGUGGAACUUUUCAGAUAUUCAUAUCACUUUGUUCAUUCUCCGUUGGAUAUAUGCAGAAUCACACUAAAUAUACUGCAGCGAGGUGAAUAUGUACAUGAAAGUGGAAGCUGUGGAGUGCGCAACUACGAUUUGCAGACGAUGGGAUAGAUACAUAGAGAGAAAGUGAGCCUGGAAAUGAGCAACCAACACCUUUCUCCAAUUUAUAUACCCAACAAACUCAUGCUUUCCCCUUAUCCAAUGCUUUCCCUGCCAAUACAUCGCACCUUUCAGUCAGUGGCUGCACACAUAAUCUUCAAAAUACACACUUUAGCGUAACAGUCCUAAAUUGAAUUCCUGGUGGCCGGAAUAAUUGGUGAAUGUAUUCGUGCUUUCACAUUAAAGAAUAUUGAGACAAUUCACGGUAGGGAAUUUGCAAUAUUAGAGAAAGUCGAUCUGCUGAAAUUGUAAUUAUGUCUCUCUACUAACUCUUAAAUACCAUUUAAAAAUAAAGAAGUACAACUUUGCCCUAUAAGUAUUCACACACGUCUCUCUCACUUGUCGUCUCAGGCGUUAAUAUACAUGCAAAUAGAAGCAUGGUAGACAAAUCUGGAGCUUCGGAUGUUUACUUUCACUAAUAAAAUACCUAUAAUACAUUUCGAGAGUUGUGCUGAAACAACCGUUAUUUGCUCAAAUACCUGCCAAACUUGGAUCCGUUUUGUUCAGAGUUCUUGAUGGGAAGAAAUACUUGAAAUAUUCCACAAAAUAAAAUUUUACGAUAGCCUACAAAUCAACGCAAUUAUUGUUAAAAUAGUAAUACGUAUUAGCCGUUUAAAUGGUGAGCCCCGAGUGGUCCCCGAAUGAAAGCUAUCUAGCUAAAUUGGAACGCUUGGCAUUUGCCUUGGUGCGAACGAAGAAAGAGGCGCAGUGUGAUAUCCGACGAAGCAGAAAUCUCUGGGCAGAGAAAUGCAAAGGGCUCGCAGGUCCCUUCUCACUGGCCUUACUCGUCGCCAUUCCUUACAUUGCAGAAAACUCAUCUGGACCAAUUAUAGUCGCAUCGCUCCUUUUGGCCGCACUGGAUGCGAGUCUCACGGUGUGGUGCUAUACAGAUUUUGAGGGUCAGCAUGGGCACUGUAAGGGCGACCUCUUCACCUGUAUAUUCCACCAUGUGGGGGAGUUUCCAGCAUUUCUGGUGGGAUGGUGGUGGAUCGCAACGAUGUCGGCAGGAUUUGCAGCGGUGGCCAGAUCUCUGAGUUCCAUCAUGGACUCGGUAACUGGUCGCCACGUGGAAACAUUGAUGGAAAAUACGCUGGGAUCUUUCACCCCACUUGGUGCUCCCAUCGACAUCAUCAGCGCCGGGGUUAUCACCGUCCCUUCCAUCAUGUGCUCCUUGGGCAUGGAGGAUUCCAACUUUUUGAGGAGUGUCCUCUUCACCUUAACGUCAACGACGACUCUGGCCAUCUUUGGAUAUGCAUUGGCGACAAACCAUCUUUUCCCUUCAGCCGAGCAAAUGCCACUACCAACUCCGGAUGGAAAUUUAUAUGCAAAAAUUUUGUCUGGGGCAGCGUUGGCCUCCGUUGGAUUUUUGGGGCUGUACACGGUAUGCAAACCGGACAACGUGACGUUGACCCAGCACAAGCAUUUCCAUGUUUCUAAACGAUUCUCUCUCACGGGAUGCGUGGUGGCCAGCAUUUCAUUCCUCGUGUAUUUCAUCGAGUCCUCCGUCAUCAACAAAGUCCAACAAACGCCAAACGUUUGGGACGGUGAUCCUCCGCUCCUGUGGCCUCUCGAGGGGGGUUGCAGACUCAUCGUGGCUUCUCUCGGAAUUACGGCUCUCUCACUGUCAACCUUUGAAUUCCUCAUCCCUCUCUCUCUUACGGCCACCAAAAUGGCAAAUGAUGGCCUCCUGUAUAGGAAACUCAAAAAAAUGCCCCAAGACGAACAACAACAAUGGUGUUUAUGGAUGACACCGCUGGUAUUCGGUGCCAUUUCUGCCUUGCAGGCAAUGCUAAUUGACACCCGCGUGUUGCUGGGUCUGGUGUCCAGCAGUUUGAUGUGCAUUCACAUUGUCGUCUGCUGUUCCAUGAUCUGUGCCCGUUAUCAAGUUCGACCCUGCGCUAUUCCCUCCAAGAAACUAGGAGGUCACAGUCAAACAAGGGGUCAUCCAAAUAUUUUGACCUCUGAAAGGGCGCGAGGAGGAAGCGGAACAUGUGUUGCGGGGAGUUCAGGGAGUGGCGGAGGUGGAAAUAGUGGGCGCCACUCCACGAGACGAUUGUUGGCAGUGAGCUUUUUGAAAAAUGGUCUCGGGAAACAAGUCGUGCACGAGAUUGACGUCUGUCGCAGUGGUCUCGAGUCAGCGUCUAAUUCGAGCAAUAACACGGCAUGUCUCAUUCGAGAUACGGAUAACGUCCAACCUGUGGAACACACUCGUCGAAGAGAGUCUGUAAGUGAGUUCAGCUUGGGUAGUAAUGUAUCCGGCUAUGAAUCGGAUACAGAUCAGACUCACUCUGAAGCGACGGACGAUACGGACAUUGAUGCAGUCGUUACGGAAUAUCAGGAAGAAGUGGCCACGCUCAACAGGGCGCUGCCCACCUUCACCACUGGUCGCAGAGUUGCCUUCUCGCUGAUUGCACUCGUCCCAUGCAAUCUAGCAAUGGCUACAUCUUUGGGCCGGAACCCAACAGGGCAGUUCACGGGAGUCAUGCUGGGAAUCUCUUCAGGACUCUUGACCUUCCUUCUUUUGGUUGUGAUCAGUCGUCAACCGCAGAGGAGGCGAUCGUCAAAGUCUAAAAUGCCGUCGCCUCAAAGAGGCAGCAGCAGCGGUACAAGUACAACACCAACAGCGUCUUCAUCCUCAUCACCAGCAGCAAAUGUAGGUCAAGAGUCCGAGAGUAAUGCUGGAUCCGUAUUCUUUGAGUACUCUCUCGUUCCUUGGAUUCCUGCGGCCGCUGUCCUCCUCCAUUGCUGCAUUCUUCUUCAGGGACUGGACCUCGCUGCGACCGCGUUCGCCUUUUGGCUGGCAAUUGGGCUGAUAAUCUACUUUAGCUACAGCGUUUCAAAGAGCGUGGCAGCCCCUGCUCUCAUAAUCCCAACGGAACACAUCCGUCUUGGCGUCGCGCGGAGACAGUCGCUGUUGUCCUCCGUUGUGUUAAACGAUCCCUCCAUGGCCACAACCUCGACCAGCGCCUCAGACCAAUAUGCGCAAAUUGACACGGUGUUGCUUGCAUAACGAGUAGCACCUAUCAAGACCUAUGUGAAUUUCAUGUGCAUAUAUAUAUGUUUUGAAAGCAUGCAGGAAUACCAUACGUACAUGAAAAAUAUGUUUAACUAUUUACGUGACUAUGUAUGUAUGUACUCACAUAAUUCUACAUACACAAUGUAUGUAUAUGUUGUGCUAAAUGAGGUUCAUUAAUAAUAAAAAUGAAAUGAUGAAAUUUGUAAUUUGCCUCGCGUCGAGAGUAGUGAGGUUUUAUUGGGGAGCACAUUUAAGGAGGUUGUAAAGAACAGGAGACGGGAUUAUCUACCUCGAUUCAUAUUGCAUGAAAGUUUUGGAGUUGCGUGAUUGCUGCUGACCUCCAUGUGUGGCUUCAUGUUUUUUUCUGGUUAUUAUUCCUCGGACGAGACUCGGAUUCCUAAGGAAUUUAUAAGAACAUGGAAUAAGUCAGCAGACCCGACACUCGUUCACUGACUGACUUGAUAGGCCUCGAGUAUGCAAUACAUCCCUUUUCCUUGUGAUAUCCUUCUCAAUUUUUGAAUCCUAUCCGUACACAUGCAAUAAGUUAAUAUGAGUUGUUAAGAAAAU